GCGGCCGCCUCGUAGGCAGCGGGGCGUUUCGAGUGCCCCGCGUCGCAUAGCCAUGGCUGCCCGUGGCGGCGUCGCCAGUGCGGGCGAGAGCCUGCGCUACGCUGAGGACUCGCCGCCCCCGACCAAGCGGUCGGACGCCGACACUGACCCGAGACUGGCAAGAAGUUUGAUAGCUGUGGGACUAGGUAUUGCAGCUCUUGGAUUUGCAGGUCGCUACACAUCUCAAAUCUGGAAACCUCUAGGACAAGUAAUCACAGAAACUGCAAAGAAGAUUUCAACCCCUAGUUUUUCAUCCUACUAUAAAGGAGGAUUUGAACAAAAAAUGAGUAGGCAAGAAGCAAGUCUUAUUUUAGGUGUAAGCCCAUCUGCCGGCAAGGCCAAGAUUAGAGCAGCUCACAGGAGAAUCAUGAUUUUGAAUCACCCAGAUAAAGGUGGAUCUCCUUACUUAGCAACCAAAAUUAAUGAAGCAAAAGACUUGCUAGAAGCAGCCACCAAACAUUGAUUGAUGCUCAAGGACCACUCUGAAGGAGAAAAAGGGGGACCUUAUAAAAAACGUCCUGCAAGUUAAUCUAAAUCAUGACCUUCAUAAUUUUCAUACAUGUAGUGACCACAAUUAUUUCUUCCACUACUAAGCUAUAUAAUAAUAAAAGAAGAACAAUC